GUCGCUUCCUCGCUCCGUACUCGGAGAUCUUUCAGUAGUCCUAUGGACAAUUCUGCGUCACAAAGCCGCUCCAUCACGACGGGCAGAAAGUCUGAAUGGGGUGGCACAUGAGACAAGGCUGUCGAGACGGUUCGUUGACCUCCCCGCCCUUCCCCCGGCUACCCUACACUUCCCCGCCACCGAUGGCCGAAAUGUUCCCUUCCCCCAGAAAAGGGUCCGAGGACCACGUUUCUGGAGGCUCGCAACCCCAGCAUCUGCCCAGCACAUACAGAGCUAGUAUGGAGCCAGCCCUACGAGGUGCUGUGACGCCAUACGACCAGGCAGACGUCUCCAACGAUGUGCCGGUACAAGAUAACGCUGUAACGCUUACGGGGAUUCGGUCAGGGUGGGUAUCGUUGAAAAACGCCCCAAAUCGAGAUGAAACAGACUGUCGAGCUUCUUCUUUGGGGUAUAAUGUCUCUUGGGUCCUUGUGAUGCGACGUGAUCCUGCAGACGUCUUUUCACCGCUUCCUUUUAGCUUGAUCAGUGCUAGAAUGGACGUGCGGAAGAGGAGGGGACGGUGGAAACGGAAUGGGGGCAGAAAAGGUCAUCAGCCAUUCCUAUCCUUCCCGUGUCGGCGUCUUCCUCCUCGGAACUCCAGCGGUCUAAUCCACUAUCCAUGUCAAAUCAUCUGGCACAUUGUUGGUUCGAGGGUACAACCAAGAAACAACACGCACGAUCAGGAAUUGUUGGUGAUAUCAAAUGGUGACAUGCGCUAAUAACUAAUUUUGCUGCUCAUUGCCGAGUACUCGGUUGCGUGACUCGGGCCGACCUUAUUGAACGCGUCGCCAAGGAAGUUUGAUGGCAGAGCGUACCAACGGCUAGAUAGAUGGUCGAUGCUACCAAUUGGAAGGGUUGUAUAGGUAGUGCGGGACAGAUGCGGGAACCAUGACCGCGGAUGAGACGCGGUCUGGGGAUAAAAAAUGAGAAAUAAAAACUGUCUUACCUAAAAGAUAUAGCUAAGAUACGAAGACGCGGGGAAAGUAUCCGGGCAAAAUUACAUACCGGUAGUACGUUA